AUGUGUUUUAAAUUUUAUGCAAAACACAGUGAUAGAAAAGAGUCUCCUGAUUCCGGAGGAAAGCCUGGUACGGUAGCGCCAGGUAGGGCGGGGUUGCAGGAGUCAUAUAGGCUGCCGAAACGGAGAAGGACUAGGAAGGCAAUCUGUACUUAUAACGCACGUACGCUUGCAUCGGAAGCGGCCAUCGAAGAUCUGAUGAUGCAAGUCAAGAAGAUCAAGUAUGACGUCAUCGGACUGAAAGAGACGAGACGACGUCACCCUCUCAACGCUGUAUAUAAAAUAGGAGAAGAACUGACAGAAGAGGUGUUGGUGGAGUUGGCGCCCUCGUCAACACGAGUAUGGCAAAGAACAUCGACACUUCCGAACAACUUACGACCCGAAUCGGACGUCUGCGGAUGA